AUGCAUGUUAUCUGGAUUCUCAUAUACGCCGGCGCUUUCAUAGCGGCGAACCCGUUGACCUUGUAUCGAGUGGAACCGGCAGACCAGACCCGGCUGUCUACCGUAUUGUCUGUGGAAAACGUGACAGCACUUGGAGUGGCGGAAAGCGGCGGCACGACAUAUGUUCAGGUCGAGGCAAUCGGUGGUAAUACUCAAGUGAUUACGGCUGGAACCCCGCCCGUUACAUCUUUGAGUACCUACACCGCGACUAUAACAGAGGUGUUCGUUGAACACGCGUCUUGGGUGUAUAUAAGCUAUGCAGAUGAAUCCCAGAAGUUCAAUGGCUACGAAACGAACUGCACGUUACCCGGCGACGGCACAAGGAGUGAAUGUGUCCACAUUGACCGGACAGUAGAGAACGGAACCACGACACUUGCCUCUACUUCAACGUAUCCCGGAACGGCACUGCCUCGAUUUACAGCGACUGGUCCCAUUCUUAUCCAGACAAGCGGAGGUGGAACGGUCGGUCUUGGAGGUUUCAUAAAACUUGGGCUUGGAAUUAUAGUAGCGGUAUACGGCCUUGUAUGA